AUGCCUAUACAGUAUUUUAAUCGUUCUAAUCCGUGGCAAUUCUACAAAAAGUGUGCAGAUGCGUCCAAGAGUGUUCCGCCCGGGGGACAUAUAUUAUGUCGUGUUUGUGGGGACAAGGCCUCAGGCUUUCACUAUGGUGUUUUUUCUUGCGAAGGUUGCAAAGGAUUUUUCCGACGUACAAUCCGGCAGAAUAUCACCUACAAGCCAUGUGGCAACAUGAAGGGCUGUCUCAUCAUGAGAAUUAGCAGGAACCGCUGUCAAUUCUGUCGGUUAAAUAAAUGUGUUAGUGUCGGCAUGUCCCACGAAUCGGUAAGACUGGGUCGCUGUCCUAAAAAAGACCGCCCUGCCAGUAACAGCUUCUUUGUUCUACCACAGAACCAGAGUGGGGCAGUGGAUAUUGACAAGCAAGUCAAAACAGAGCAAAUGAUACUUUCAAUACACGAUGCCUUCAAAUUAGCUGUUAAGGAAUUCGACAGAGUAGCUUUUGAAUUGUCUCCUAGUGAAAUAGUCAAGCUGCAAUCAAAAGAAGAUUCGCAGAAUAUUUAUGUUCGCUAUCUACCUUGUAUAGUCAAAUGCAUCACUACAUUCGCGAAAGAAAUUCCUCAGUUCUUGGACCUCUCCUUGGACGAACAGAGACUCUUGGUCAAAGGGUGCCUUUUAGAAGUUGCAGCAAUCCACGACUCGACGCAUAUACUUCACUCCGAGGAAAAGUGGGAAGAUGAAAAGUUAAAAUUCCGUUUAGACACGAAACAUUGGAACGAGUAUGGUUUAUUGGGCGAAGUAUUCCACCAUAUGUACGACGUGGUGGGAAAAUUACGGAAAUACGAACUGACUGAUGUAGAAUUAUCUUUAUUAUGUGCUAUGGUUUUAUUUUGUCCAGAUCGUGAAGGGUUGAAAACAGUUAAAAUGUUGGAGAAUUUGGAAAUGGACUUAUCGAUGGCAUUAAAGUGCCAGUUACUGUUGAAUCACGGCAAUGGUUCUAUGUUAUUUGUGCGGUGUAUUGAAACAGUGGUCGCUUUAAGGACAAUAACCACUAAAUAUUUAGACAAACUUCUGGAUGCUCAUGUAUUACUGGACAUGACAAACUCCAUUGCCUAAAUUUCGAACCCCUGUGAUUUGACCUUGGUCCCGUUUCAAAAAUACUUUACUU